AUGUCCGCCCACCGCGACGACCACGAAUCUGACCCCGAGAUGCUCGGCGCCGACGAGGUCGGCGAGGAGGUCAACGUCGACGCCGAGGAUGUCGCCAUGGAUUCGGACGAUGACAACGAGGAGAUCACCCUCCAGAACGACUCUGUCGCCUACUUCGACCUCCACCAGGACUCCGUCUUCGCCAUCACCCAACACCCCGUCCACCCGACCAUCAUUGCCACCGGCGGUUCAGAGGGCGACUCCGACGACGCCCCCGGCAAGGGCUACCUCAUCUCUACGGCCGCCGCCGCGUCCCGACCCGUGCUGCCUGCGUCCUUCUCCGGCGACGCUCCCCAGCAGAGCACGCAGCUCGAGGCCAUCUACGCGAUCGACGGCCACACCGACAGCAUCAACGCCCUCUCCUUCACCCUUCCCAAGGGCGACUUCCUCGUCACCGGCGGUAUGGAUGGCAAGCUCCGCGUGCACGCCGUGCGCGUGAACUCGCCGACCGCCGAGGCCGCGAGCGUGCAGAUCAAGUUCAUCGCCGAGGCGCAGGAGGUCCCCGAGAUCAACUGGAUCGCGCCGUGCCCGAACCCGCAGUACCCCAACACCAUCGCGCUCGGGGCCAGCGACAACUCCGUAUGGGUCUACACCAUCGACAUCGCCGCCGGCGGCGGCAACCCCGCCAACUGCCUGCAGCUCGUGCAGACGUACUGGCUCCACCAGGCGCCGUGCACCGCCGGCGCGUGGACCCCCGACGGGAACCUGCUCUGCACCGUCGCCGAGGACUCGAGCCUGUACGUGUGGGACGUGUGGGGGGAGGCCGCGGCCGCGGGGCUGGUCGAGAGCAACGGGCAGACGGCCGUCACCAUGACCGCCGAGGACCAGCGCUUCGAGGUCGAGGGCGGGCUGUACAGCGUGGCCGUCGAGCCCAAGGGCGCCUUCGUCGCCGUCGGCGGUGCCGGCGGCGCCAUCCGCAUCGUCAGCUUGCCGAGGCUGGCGAGCAGCGCGCAGCCCGGCAAGGGCGGCAAGAGUAAGACCUCCGCGGACGUGGCGGCGGGAGGUCAGAUCCUCGCGAGCUUGCAGACCGCUUCGGACGGAAUCGAGACGUUGAGCUUCACCACGGCCGCCGGCGCGCCGGGCGGCCAGACCUCGACGCUGCUUGCCGCGGGAUCCGUCGACGGCAGCAUCACCGUCUUUGACACCGGCAGGAGGUUCGCCGUCAGGAGAAGCUUGCCCGGCGCGCACGAGGAGUUUAGUGUCGUCAAGGUCGAGUUCGUGAAGAACUCGUGGCUUCUGACGAGCUGUGGCAUGGACGGCGUCGUGAGGAGAUGGGAUCUGCGGGCCCAGGAUGCGGGUCUGGUCAAGGAGUGGAGGGGCCACCGCGGUGAUGGCGAGGGUGGCGGUGUGCUUGGUUUCGUGCAGGGCGAGACGGGCGAGAGGGUGGUUACCGCGGGUGACGACGGUGUUGUUCUUGUUUUCGAGGCUUGA